AAAAUGGAAUUUGGUAUAGGAUAUCUCAUGUAGGAAAAAAUAGAUUGAAUAAAUUUAUGCAAAAUAUUGGACGUGAAACUCAAAUUGAUAUUUCAGUUGAAUUACUUUCUAAUCAUUCUGGAUGUAAAACUACAACUCAAGUUUUACAAGAUGAAGAAAUUCCUGAACAAGCAAUUAUGCAACUUACUGGGCAUAAAAGUGUUCAAGAAGUUCAAACUUAUAAAACAAUUAAUGAAGAGCAACAAUUUAAUACUUUAAAGACAUUAAUUAAUAUUACUGAUGCGUCAUAUCUUAAAGAUUUCUUUUGUAAAACAAAUACUUCUGAAUGGACGUGUGAAAACGCUGUCGAGUACUACAAUAAGUAUAUUUCUCCAAAUGAAAACUUAAAAAAAUUCUCUACAGUAUCAACGUUGAGCUCAAACAGUGAGAUUGAGUCUCAUUUUUAUGAGGCUAAAGAAGGCAAUCGAGAUAUGGCCAAGCUGGAACACGGAAAGUCGACCGGUUAUGAACGGAAAGUUCGUGCCAAUCUCGAUAGUCAAGGUGUGGCCAAGCUGGAACACGGAAAGUCGACCGGCCAUGAACGGAAAGUUCGUGCCCAUCUUGAUUGUCUUCGGUGGCAAGCUGGAACACGGAAACACUGGACUAGUGAUGUAAAGAAAUCAGAUCGGAAUGAUAAGACUAUCCAAAAUCAUCUUAAUGAACAUAAAGUCAUACGAAGCACGCUCGCAGAACACAUAACACGUAAACGGCCAGCUGAGGAAGCUGAGGAAGCCUCUCCCAUAAUCACUUCUCCUAAUCUUCGAGAUCAUACUCAAUACGAACAGGACAGGCCACGAACACCAGAAAAUAACCUUCAAGGGGAGAUGGUACUUAGGAAAAAAAAGAAGGUUCGCUAUACUGAAUCUUCAAGCUCAGAUUCUGAUGGUUACGUAGAAGGAUCUAAGUAUAAAAACGCAAGACCAAACCGAUAUGCCCGUGAAGAGGAUAAUUCGCGCGAAAGUACACCAUGUCCCACAACACAAACAAUCGCAAAUACUUUGAUCAUAACACUCAACAAACCCAUUAUUACGAGCGCGACAUUUAAUCAAUAUUCCGUGCACGAAAUCGAAAGAACUCUUAAAACACGAAAUAAAUUAGUUUUAAAAGGACUUAUACUUAAAAAACUUGAAGCAAUUUUUCAGUCGGACUAUUCAGAAAUUUUUUCCAAGAUAAUCGAAGAGACAGCAACUGAAAAAGAUAAUGAAACAACUGAGGAGUCUAGGUUCCUCUUUUUCAUAAGACAUACCUUACUUGAUUUUGUUGCAAUGUUCAAAUAUCUGACACCAAAUGUUUUAGAUGGGGAUAUGAAAGAAAGAUCGUACAUUGUCGAAUGCCUUUCGCCAAUUCUUCGUGCUUUCCGAAAUGCUUUUCCCGGAAUAAAAUAUGAAUGGAUCGAAAAGGAUGUUGAAUCAAUUAAAAAA